CCGCCAAAGUCCUAGGUUAGGCGAAGUCUUGCAAUUGCAACUGAACAAGUCUUGCUGUUCUUGUGCUCAAAUCCUGUAAGAUUUCAAUUCAUUCAUUCUAUUCUGUCCUUUUAGUUUGUUUCAUUUGCACAAUGUUUGCUUUAUACAACAAACCUAGAAGCAUUAUUUCAUGUCUGAAUAUCAUCAACUCCAAAUUAAGGUUUCUUGAUAAUGUAUCAAGAACCAUUACAAAUGCAUCACCCCAACUUGAAAAACCUGAAAUUGGUUCCAAGAAUCACUCGUUUACUGUGUCUUACGUUAUGAGUAAUCUUGGGUUAUCCCCACAAGGUGCUAUCUCGAACUCGAAGAGGGUAAAGUUUGAAUCUUUAGAUAAACCUGAGUCUGUUGUAGCCCUGUUCAGAGACCAUGGUUUUAGUGAUAUUCAGAUAUCUAAUAUAAUUUCUAAACGCCCGCAAUUUCUAAAUUGGAAUCCUAAUGGGACCCUUUUGCCGAAACUUAAGUUCUUAUGCUCUAUCGGCGCGUCAAGUGAUGAUGUUGCCUCAAACCCUUAUAUUUUGGAACACAGCUUGGAUAAGCGAAUUGUCCCGUUUUAUAACUCUUGCAAGCGUAUGUUUCUUUCCGACAAACAGAUUCUUAAGAUUUUAAGGCAACACUGUUCUUAUAUUUUAGGCAACGCACGAGUGAGUGAUAAUUCUAAUAUUAAAUUACUAAAUGAAGUUGGAGUUGGAAUGAGAUAUAUUGGUCUUAUCAUAUAUAGAAGACCUAGGCUCAUGAACAUACACUAUGACAAAUUUAGGACGGUUGUUUACGAGCUUCUGGAAAUGAAAUUCGAUCCUUCCAAAGGUCAUUUUGUUCGGGCACUCUCUGUAAGAUUAGAUAUGAGUGACCUGACAUGGGCACACAAAAUCGAAGUUUAUAAGAGGUGGGGUUGGACUGAGCAUGAGAUUAUAUUAGCUUUUAGACAGAAUCCACCCUGUAUGACUUUAUCCGAGGAAAAUAUCAUGAGUGGGAUGGAUUUCCUUGUAAAUGAGAUGGGCUGCCAGUCUAUGACUAUUGCUAAAAGACCAGCCGUUUUAACUUACUCGUUAAAAUCGAGAUUGAUUCCGAGGUGUUCAGUUAUCAAGGUUCUGCAGAUUAAAGGUUUAAUAUGCGAGGAUUUAAGCUUACUUUCACUUCUGAUGAUUACUGAGCAAAGCUUUGUGGAUAGGUUUAUAAUCAAGUAUGAGGAACAGCUUCCUCAACUAUUAAAUGCAUAUCAAAGUAAGCUGGGCAUUCUGGAAUUAGGUGAAAGUUAAGAUUUUUAUGUUCAGCAUUUCAGGUUCAUGUUCAUUUACAAAUAGUGUUUACUGGGUAGUUACUAAAACCUCUGCAUCUGUUAGCCAUCCCCGGAAUGGGUUAAGUUUUCCAGUGUGUUUUGCAAAAGCACUGAAAGCCAAAAAGCUCUGUAGUUGCCUCCCACAUGAGGUUGGACAAUAAGAAAAUGCUAGGCUAUGAUAAGUUCACUACAAAAAAUUAGGGUUCCUUACAGACACAUUGUGUACUAGUUACUCCAACCUAGUGAAAUUUUGAAGAAGCCGAUGGAUGAAAUUGUUGAAAUCAAUAUCAGUCCACAUAGAAACAUAAAUUUGACAAAGGAUCGGAGUAUCCUGCGGGCUGUGUGUUUGUUGAGAGCAUAGUUUCACCUGAUCUUUAAACAGGAGCUUUGGGGCAGCAACAUUAAGUGACAAACAAGGUCCUGGUUAGAUUUUACUUAUUAUUUCUUAUAUUACUUGAGCUUUCAGUUCUCCUUCACUGUAUGUUAUUCUUACAUAUUAAAAUAAAUUUGGUUUUCCUGCAAGGUGCAAUCAUCUAUGUUCCUUCCUUAAAAGAAAGCCUGGAGUUUUGUACAUGGUUAAUGUUAUUGGUGGUUUGACAAUGUACUCGACAAUCUUAACCCUUCAAGAAAAGCAAAUUGUGUCCUUAUCAUGUGUUAACCAUUAAAACUUUUUACGUAGUUUAUCCUGUUUAAUUUCUUUUAGGUAACUUGCUUGUGCCGAUUUUUUAUUAGAACAUACCAUUGAAUCAAUUUUUGUGAUGCGUUCAAUUAAAUUAAAGAUAUAUAGUUUAUCAUUGGGGAAGUAGCUCAGUUGGUAGAGAAUAAUUGACUUUCACAAGUAAAUAUCUAUUCUUUAAGUCAUCUUUUCUCGCAGAAAAUAGGUUGAUUCCUCGCUUCCCCAGGAUUUUUUUUAACCUUUCUCAAACUUUAAUGAGUGGCCAAAAAAUCGUCCUCCAAGGUAUAAGGUACUAUAUAUAAAACAAAGGGAAGGAUUUCAUGCUAAAUUUUAGAGCAGUUUUUCACUUUCUUGAAGCUGUGUCCUCAUUAAGUCCAUUUCUUUUAUUGAAUUUCGAUGCACAUUCUGGUUUGCUGUUUAAUUGUUGUUUUCAAUCUUUAGAAACCUAUCUAGUAUAUAGCUAAUCUACAUAACAUCACAGGGAAGCUGUUUCUUUGGCUUGUGCUGGCAAAUUCUGUUGAUUCUCCUCAUGAUCAGGUCUGUAAAGAAGGCAUUGCCAUUCUCAAGCUUAAUCAGUGCGUAAUUAAACUUGUACUUGUAUUUGUUUUCUUCAGUCACGAAUACUUCUAUACAAAUCUACGGAUAAUUCAUUUAAGGUUCUGUUUGACAAAGGUUCAGAGUAUCACCGGGGUUUCGUGUAUGUUUGUUGAGAGCCUUGUUUCACCUUCCACCAGAAAAUCGAGAAAAUUGCCCUUAUAAUGGCAUCACAUUAUUUUUGCUAUGAUGAAUCGCACAAUGAUUUUGCGGUUAUUUAUGUGAAAUGGUGGUUUAUAGCUUAAAAUCUGAUUGUUGGAGUAAGAUACAGAGAUUUUAAAUUUUUUAUUGAGUAUGGAUCGGUGUAUGCAAACGGAGCUUUUUAUUGGGCUGUUGAUCUCUUUGGCAGUUCGAAUGGUAAUUUUCUAAAAUGUUGUAUUAUUAUUUCUGUUUUUCUGUCAAAGAAACCGGGGCUGAUUUCUGGGUAAUGAAUAAUUGCGGUGUGGAAGAUAGUCUUGGAUAAAAUUGUUCACAAUCCCUUACGGGAAUGAACUAGCAUUAAACUGUUGUGUACAACCCCUUUGCACUUGUGCGAGUGGAGAUGUUGUGCUGUCUUCGAAGUCGCAAAUACUGCUAUACAAAUCUAACGAGGGUUAAAUAUCAAGUAAGUGACUCAUUGCAGCCUGAUGAUUCAAGUUGGCAUGGCACCAAUGCUACCACCUGAUAUGCCAAAGAAAUUAAGAGGAAGGCCUAAAAGGUUUAGAAGAAGGGAGGACUGGGUAGGAGGGAGCUAGAACAGAAGUCAAUCUAAAGAGGGUGUCCAGGUUUUGCAGACGCUAACCAGUGGUAAGAAAAAGCGUUGUAGCAACUGUAGGGGGACAGGGCACAAGAAACCUACUUGCCUAGCAAACGGCCAACUGAAGGCAAGAGGUGCCUGCUGAGGUACCAAUUGAAAAUGAGCAAGGACCUGCUGAGGUUCAACAAAGGCCACCUCCAGUUCACAAACAAUCUGCAGCUACUAAGUUGCCAAUUAGGAGGGCAAUGCCAGGGGUUGUUAUUAGAGAACCAGCUGUUGAAGGCUCUCAAGUUUCAACAAAUUCUGGGUCAUCUGAAGCCUCAAAAGGGAAGGAAAAGAUUGUCUACAAGUUUGAAACAAAAAGAAAGGACAGGCCAUUAUGGUUACAGAACAAAAGGAAGAAACUGGUUCAAGAGAAGACAGUUGAGAGUUGAGACUGAAAAAAUGGUUGAAGAAAAAGUUGCUCAACAUGACAAAGCUGAUGACAUUGAUAAUUUUGUUAUGGAAAAGAUUGAUCAUCCUGAUGAAAAGGAAAGAGAAAGGUUGGGAAACUCCUGGAGCAAACUCAUUGGCAUUGGUUUAAGGAAGUUGUUCAUGCCAACACCUGGAUUCAAAAAGGUGGAUUAUCAACAUAAUGGCACUCCUGUUGCCGAUACCCCUCCAGUUCAAGAAGAUGCUGAUGAAGAAACUGAGAGUAAUGAAGAAGGGAACUUAAGUGUGAGGAGGAGCACUAAACUAUCAAUGAAGACAAAAUUCAAAUUCAGCAAUACUUCAAAGUCUGUAGUUAAUUUGGAUGCAGAUUGAAGAAUAUUUUAUUCCAAUUGUAUGGCUUAUGAAUAUUAACAUGUUUAAGCUUUCGGGAAUAUUUGCUUUUGAACUCUGUUAGCUUUUGGGAAUAUUAACUCUGUUAGCUUUUGGGAAUGUUAAUUUUUGACAGCCUCUGUAUGUGGCUUAAGGAUAUAAGGCUUUGUAAUGGAUGAUAAUUUUUUGGGAAAUACAAUGUGUUAAGCCUUGCAAUUUAAUAA